GCGGGAGGGGAGGGAUGGUCAGAGAAGGGAGGCAGUGACAGAGGAAGAAAGUCAGAGUUAGAGAGGCUGGGAGAGUCUGGAGAUGGUCCCCCAGUCAGGUCUCUGGGGACCUCUUCCUUUCUGGUUCUGGGGGAAUUCAGGCUGGGGCAAAGAGGUCGGGGGAGGGCCCUGGGGAAGGCAUCCUGGCAGAUGGUGGCUUAGUGGAGUUCAGGUUCUCUGGUGGGUUUGGCCAUGUCUGUUGUGAGGAGUCGGGGUAGGCUGUUUAAAAGGUCUUUGAAAAUAUAGGCACUGACUCACCAGGGGAGGCACCUGGGGGGCAAUGGGGUGGAUAUCUGUGUUGGUGGUGGGGGAGUGGCCCCUCAGCUGUUGUGUCCUUGACUUGGUGCGCACGUGGUUUGAAUGUAUCAGCAUGCUGGUGAUCCUGCUUAACUGCGUGACCCUCGGCAUGUACCAGCCGUGCGACGACAUGGACUGCCUGUCAGAGCGCUGCAAGAUCCUGCAGGUCUUUGAUGACUUCAUCUUUGUCUUCUUUGCCAUGGAGAUGGUGCUCAAGAUGGUGGCCCUGGGCAUUUUUGGCAAGAAGUGUUACCUUGGGGACACAUGGAACCGACUGGAUUUCUUCAUUGUCAUGGCAGGGAUGGUCGAGUACUCCCUGGACCUCCAGAACAUCAACCUGUCGGCCAUCCGUACCGUGCGCGUCCUGAGGCCGCUCAAAGCCAUCAACCGUGUGCCCAGUAUGCGGAUCCUGGUGAACCUGCUCCUGGACACACUGCCUAUGCUGGGGAAUGUCCUCCUGCUCUGCUUCUUUGUCUUCUUCAUCUUUGGCAUCAUCGGCGUGCAGCUCUGGGCUGGCCUGCUUCGCAACCGCUGCUUCCUGGAGGAGAACUUCACCAUACAAGGGGACGUGGCUCUGCCCCCCUACUACCAGCCGGAGGAGGACGACGAGAUGCCCUUCAUCUGCUCCCUGUCGGGGGACAACGGCAUCAUGGGCUGCCAUGAGAUCCCUCCGCUCAAGGAGCAGGGCCGCGAGUGCUGCCUGUCCAAGGACGACGUCUACGACUUCGGGGCGGGCCGCCAGGACCUCAACGCCAGUGGGCUCUGCGUCAACUGGAACCGCUACUACAACGUGUGCCGCACGGGCAGCGCCAACCCCCACAAGGGCGCCAUCAACUUUGACAACAUCGGCUAUGCCUGGAUCGUCAUUUUCCAGGUGAUCACUCUGGAAGGCUGGGUGGAGAUCAUGUACUAUGUGAUGGAUGCUCACUCCUUCUACAACUUCAUCUAUUUUAUCCUGCUCAUCAUAGUGGGCUCCUUCUUCAUGAUCAACCUGUGCCUCGUUGUCAUAGCGACCCAGUUCUCGGAGACCAAGCAGCGGGAGCACCGGCUGAUGCUGGAGCAGCGGCAGCGCUACCUGUCCUCCAGCACGGUGGCCAGCUAUGCUGAGCCCGGCGACUGCUACGAGGAGAUCUUCCAGUAUAUCUGCCACAUUCUGCGCAAGGCCAAGCGCCGCGCCCUGGGCCUCUACCAGGCCCUGCGGAGCCGGCGCCAGGCCCCGGGGACGCCCGGCUCCGCCACGCCCGGGCCCCGCGCCAAGGAGCCCAGGCACUACAAGUUAUGCCCCCGACACAGCCCCCUGGACCCGACGCCCCACACGCUGGUGCAGCCCAUCUCUGCCAUGCUGGCCUCCGACCCUGCCAGCUGCCCCCGCUGCCAACACGAGACCGACCGGCGACCCUCAGGCCCAGGCAGCAGCAGCGAUUCGGGCCAGGAGGGCUCGGGCUCCGGGGACGCAGGGGGCAGCGAGGAUGAAGCCUGUGCGGAUGUGGCCCGGACCAGCGAGGACGGGGCCUCCUCGGAGCUGGGGAAGGAGGACGAGGAGGGGCCGGCCGACAGGGCGGCCUGGCUGUGCGAAGACGUGUGGCGGGAGACGCGAGCCAAGCUGCGGGGCAUUGUGGACAGCAAGUACUUCAACCGGGGCAUCAUGAUGGCUAUUCUGGUCAACACCGUCAGCAUGGGCAUCGAGCACCAUCAGCAGGCCACCCCAGACUCAGGCCAGGCCAUGGUCCCUGCUCAAGUCCUCUCAGGGUCUCCCCGCCUGUCCUGUCCCGCCUUCUCCUUCUGCCGCAUCCUUUUGGGCAAACACUCCAGCCUUCAGAUGGCAGGGCCUGAGGAGCUGACCAACAUCCUGGAGAUCUGCAAUGUGGUCUUCACCAGCAUGUUUGCCCUGGAGAUGCUGCUGAAGCUGGCCGCCUUCGGGCUCUUCGACUACCUGCGCAACCCCUAUAACAUCUUCGACAGCAUCAUCGUCAUCAUCAGCAUCUGGGAGAUCGUGGGGCAGGCGGACGGCGGGCUGUCGGUGCUGCGGACUUUCCGGCUGCUGCGGGUGCUGAAGCUGGUGCGCUUUAUGCCUGCGCUGCGGCGCCAGCUCGUGGUGCUCAUGAAGACCAUGGACAACGUGGCCACCUUCUGCAUGCUGCUCAUGCUCUUCAUCUUCAUCUUCAGCAUCCUCGGGAUGCACAUCUUUGGCUGCAAAUUCAGCCUGCGCACGGACACGGGAGACACAGUCCCUGACAGGAAGAACUUCGACUCCCUGCUGUGGGCCAUCGUCACGGUGUUCCAGAUCCUUACCCAGGAGGACUGGAACGUCGUCCUCUACAACGGCAUGGCUUCCACCUCCCCCUGGGCCUCCCUCUACUUCGUUGCCCUCAUGACCUUUGGCAAUUAUGUGCUCUUCAACCUGCUGGUGGCCAUCCUGGUGGAGGGCUUCCAGGCGGAGGUGACUGUGGCCUUGGUGGAGGAAGCACCCCUUUGGGGACCAUAUGAGACUGGGGGGGGUGGCUUGGAUAGAGGAGGACCGCAAUUCAAACAUCUAGCAGGCAACGGGUCUCCAGAGGAGGGUGUUACCAGUGAGGUGGUGAGCUUCCCAUCACAGGAAGCAUGCAAGUGGAGGCUGCAUCUAGGACCCCUGCCUAUCCCCCAGGGAUGUAGGAAUAAGCCUCUCCAUCUCUGA